AUAAGUAUCAUCGAGUUCUUCCAGGAAUCUAUUUAGGGAGGGAUGGAGAGAGUUGUCAAUGCAUGUAGUAUACACAUAAGGUUUAAAAGUAUAGUUAAAGCAAGUGCAGUGAAACAGAAGGGUUUCAGUGAACUAGAGGAUACCAUGGCGGACAGUGAGCAUAAACUUCACGUUGGUAUCGUCGGUGGUGGAUUAGUAGGAGCUUUAGCUGCUUGUUACUUUGCCAAACGAGGACACUCCGUUUCUGUUUACGAAUAUCGUUCAGAUAUUCGGAAAGAAAAAUUGAUGGGUCAGAGUAUAGAUCUAGCUUUAUCAACACGUGGACGAGAAGCUUUAAGAGCCGUAGAUCUUGAAGACGCUCUUGUUAAUCAACAUGGUAUAGCUAUGAGAGGUAGAAUGUUACAUGGUAAAAACGGCCGAUUGAAAGAAAUGAUUUAUGACAGUGUCAAAGGAAAUUGCAUUUAUUCUGUAAAUAGACAAUAUCUCAAUGAAAUUUUACUCAACGCUGCAGAAAAGCGUCCAGAAGUAAAACUUCACUUUAAUUCAAAAAUCGUUGAUGCUGAUAUCGAUCAAGGAAAAUUAACAAUUUUGAAUAUGAAAAAUCAUACGACGGAAGAAGUAAAUAUUGAUUUAAUAAUCGGAGCAGAUGGAGCUUAUUCCACAAUACGUAAAAUCUUUAUGAAAAGACCACUUUUUAAUUGCAGUCAGAUUUACAUAGAACAUGGAUACAUUGAAUUAUUUAUUCCAUCUGGAAAAAAUAACGAGUUUUCAAUGAGCGGUAAUCAUCUUCAUAUUUGGCCAAGGGACGACUUUAUGAUGAUAGCAUUACCAAACGAGGAUCACAGUUUUACUGCUAAUCUCUUCGCACCUUUUAAAACUCUAGACAAAUUGAAAACAUCUGAAAGUUUAAUAAAAUUUUACAAGGAACAAUUUCCAGAUUUGUUGGCAUUGAUCGGCCAGGAAAAAUUAGUAAAAGAUUAUUUCGAAAGGCAACCGAAAACUUUGAUUUCGAUAAAGUGUAAACCAUUUCACAUGGGUAAAAGGGCUAUUUUGGUUGGAGAUGCUGCUCAUGCUAUGGUACCAUUUUAUGCUCAAGGAAUGAACGCCGGAUUCGAGGAUAUUCUGUUACUGGAUAAUCUAAUGGAAAAAUAUAAUUCGAAUUUAAACGAAGUUCUUUCAAAAUUUUCGGAACUUCGGUGUAACGAUGCAGAAGCAAUAUGUGAUUUAGCGAUGUAUAAUUAUAUAGAGAUGAGGCAUUUAGUAACAAAAAAGUCUUUCGUUUUCCGUCGACAUCUCGAUACUAUUUUACAUAAAUUUAUUCCAAAUACUUGGAUACCACUUUAUAGUACGGUACAUUUCAGUCGUAUGAGUUUCCAAGAAUGUAUUGCUAAUAAAAAAUGGCAAGAUAAGGUAUUGCAAAGAGGUCUGUGGUGCUUAGGAACAGUGUUAACUACUAUUUUUGUUCUCUCCUUUACAAAAAUUAAUUUCGAAUAGAUAACAAUAAUUUAGGUUAACUAAAAAAAAUUUCAAUUUUUUCGAAAAUCCAAUUACAUUAUAAACGAUACGAUACCUUAUAACUAAUUCUAAUAAUCUUCAUAAUAAUUACUUAUUAACAAAUUAUUUUUCAAGUUUUAUGUCACAAAUAUAAUCUUAAUUAUAUACUUUUAAUUAUGAAUUAAUUAUUAAAAGUAAUACGAAAAAUGUCAAUAACUUAGACCGCGUCAAAAACGAGAUUUCGAUCGAAUAUACGUAUAUAUAGCUCGAAAUGCAUUACCCAAUAAACGCGUUCGUAGAUGGGGAUUGCGUGAAUCUAGAAAUGUAAUUGGAUCGAUUCGUAGGAAGCUCAUUGGUCGAACGUAAAGACCAAUAGGCUGCAAGAAUUAAAUUUAACCUCUUAGUAUUUGGAGGUAAUUUCAAACUUCGAAAGUUCUCAAAUCGAUAUGUGACAAUUAUUUGGAACGUGAUAAAGACUUUACGUGAGAAAAAAAGGAAAAUUCGAAAAAAAAAAGAAAAAAACGUUCAGACAAUCGUUGAAAAACAAUGUCUGUUCGACGAAUAAUAAUGACGAUCACGUGAAUUUAACGCGAAUAAGGUACUUCGAAAUCGAUUAUAUUAUAUUUAUAAUAUCUUAAGAAACCGAAUACUCCCCACCACUGGCAGCUUGCGCAUGGGGGCCAGUAGAUGGCGACACAAUGAGAAGGAUGGAAGAAGAAGAGAGAGCGAGAGAGAGAGAAAGGGAGAGAAAUAGAGAGAAAGAGAGAGAGAGAGAUAGCAAAUGUAAAGAGGAGAGAAGACGGUUCUUGAUGCAGUUGCUCGUAGAAUAACGCAAUAUACGGGUGUUCGUAGAACGAGAGAGAUAAAGGAACAUGCGGAAUGAAACGGUCGCGUUUCGGCUGUCAUGAUUAUUCGUUCGCCUAACGCCUAUCGUCCAUUUAAAAAUCUAGCUAACACGAUAUCGAUAAUACGCGGAUUACUUAUUAAAUCUAAAAGCCAAGAGCGCGCAGUGUGAAGUUAGUAAACGUACGAACGGAAACACGGGGUCGUCGUUUUUUUUUUUUUUCAGAUAUUCGACGACAGUAUA